GGAGGAGGUUGGGGACAGAGAGGAGGAGGAUGGGGACAGGACCAACCCAGGUAAUUAAUCACUGAUCAAAACAUCCAGAUGGAGCUACAGUAUAUUGAGACCAGUUUCAGAUGACUAAGGAGGUUGGAGACAGGACCAACCAGGUAAUCCCUGAUCAGAACAUCAGAGACCAGUUUCAGAUGACUAAGGAGGUUGGAGACAGGACCAACCAGGUAAUCCCUGAUCAGAACAUCAGAGACCAGUUUCAGAUGACUAAGGAGGUUGGGGACAGGACCAACCAGGUAAUCCCUGAUCAGAACAUCAGAGACCAGUUUCAGAUGACUAAGGAGGUUGGAGACAGGACCAACCAGGUAAUCCCUGAUCAGAACAUCAGAGACCAGUUUCAGAUGACUAAGGAGGUUGGGGACAGGACCAACCAGGUAAUCCCUGAUCAGAACAUCAGAGACCAGUUUCAGAUGACUAAGGAGGUUGGGGACAGGACCAACCAGGUAAUCCCUGAUCAGAACAUCAGAGACCAGUUUCAGAUGACUAAGGAGGUUGGGGACAGGACCAACCAGGUAAUCCCUGAUCAGAACAUCAGAGACCAGUUUCAGAUGACUAAGGAGGUUGGGGACAGGACCAACCAGGUAAUCCCUGAUCAGAACAUCAGAGACCAGUUUCAGAUGACUAAGGAGGUUGGGGACAGGACCAACCAGGUAAUCCCUGAUCAGAACAUCAGAGACCAGUUUCAGAUGACUAAGGAGGUUGGGGACAGGACCAACCAGGUAAUCCCUGAUCAGAACAUCAGAGACCAGUUUCAGAUGACUAAGGAGGUUGGGGACAGGACCAACCAGGUAAUCCCUGAUCAGAACAUCAGAGACCAGUUUCAGAUGACUAAGGAGGUUGGGGACAGGACCCAACCAGGUAAUCCCUGAUCAGAACAUCAGAGACCAGUUUCAGAUGACUAAGGAGGUUGGGGACAGGACCCAACCAGGUAAUCCCUGAUCAGAACAUCAGAGACCAGUUUCAGAUGACUAAGGAGGUUGGGGACAGGACCCAACCAGGUAAUCCCUGA